AUGGAGGUGGUAAGCCCCUACAACACAAAACCGGCGACAAUACUUCAAUCGCCAUCACCACGGCUACAACUGCCCGAGACUAAUCUCUAUGACUUUUUACUCAACCGCUCUAAGCCACCUUGCGCCAAAGAUUACAGAAUUUUUGUAGACACGACCACAAAUGAGUCGCUGUCCUACGACCAAUGCCGCCAGGCAGCGAAAGCUUUUGCGUCCGGGCUUCAGAGAGUCUUCAAAUGGAGGAAGGGCGAUGUUUUGGCGUUUUGCUUGCCCAAUAGUAUAUAUAUUCCCGUGGCCACUCUAGGAACUCUUCGUGCAGGCGGAAUCAUCUCGCCGUGCAAUCCCACGUACACAGUCGCAGAGCUGGCUCAUCAAUUCCGCGACAGUGGAGCCAGAGCAGUCCUUACACGAGCGAAUUGUGCCGAGCAGGUCUGGCAUGCAUGCGCCAAGGCAAAUAUUGCAGUCGAGAAUGUCAUCGUCAUCGGCGCAGAGUCAGAACAACGUCCCCAAGCAACGUCGUGGGAGAGCAUCAUGGAACACGGAAACGGAGCUGUGUUCGAUCAGCCACAGAUCAACCCAAGAACAAAUCUUGCCUUCUUGGUGUACUCGAGUGGUACUUCAGGACCGCCAAAGGGUGUGCGCCUCUCGCACUACAACAUGACAUCGAAUCUCAUGCAACUUUAUGCCAUCGAGCAGUACAACAUGACCUGGAACGGGUCAACUACAUCCGGAGACAUUCCAGCUCCCGGUCCCCAGGGUGAUAAGAUACUCGCAUGUCUGCCGUUUUUCCACAUCUUUGGGUUGACAAUGUUCGUUCUAUCUCCGCUGUACAUCGGUGUCACGACUUUCAUUAUGGAAAGAUUCGACAUUGAUCAAUGGUGCUCUACAGUGGAGACUGAGAAGAUUACUUUCGCAUACAUCGUCCCCCCAAUUGCACUUUUACUGGCCAAACACCCCUCAGCAACAAAGUACAACUUGGGGAGCAUUCGCAUGACCGGAUCUGGCGGUGCGCCUCUGGAUUCUGAAUUGGUGUCGGCAGUCUAUCAGCGAACUGGCAUCCGGAUAAAGCAGGGUUACGGCUUAUCGGAGACCAGUCCUGGCGCAUGUCACCUCCGUUGGCAGGAUUGGCAGAGAGGCGCUGGAAGCGUUGGCUGGCUGCUACCAAACAUGGAACUCAAAUUCUGUUCUCCUGGCCUGGUUGACGGAGAUGCAGUGAACCCACUAUCACCAGGCGCCACCGGAGAGCUAUACCUUCGCGGCCCAAAUGUAUUUUUGGGCUAUCAUAACAACGACAAGGCCACCAAAGAGUGUUUGAGAAAAGAUGGGUGGUUUCGAACAGGUGAUGUUGGACAUAUAGAUUCAAACCUAUUCGUUCACAUCACAGACCGGGUGAAAGAGCUGAUCAAAUACAAAGGGUUCCAGGUCGCCCCUGCUGAGCUUGAAGCAAGCUUGCUAGAGCAUUCAGAUGUGGCAGACUGUGCUGUCAUUGGCAUUCAAGAUCCUGUCAGACGAACAGAAGUGCCGAGAGCAUAUAUCGUUCACGCCUCCAAGACGCAUGAAGAGGCAACCGCUGAAGAUGGAAACGCGAUCGCUGCCUGGCUGGGGACUCGGCUGACGGACUAUAAGCGUCUAAGAGGAGGUGUCAUAUUCGUGGGGAGCAUUCCCAAAAGUCCAAGCGGCAAGAUUCUGAGAAGGAUUCUGAAGGAUCAGGCGACGAGGGAGCUGAAGUCGAAGCUCUAG